AUGAACUUGGAAGCUCGAAUUAAAAAGAUAAUGGAGGAGGCUAGAUGCUCGUACGAUGCCGCAAAAAAGGCGGACCAAGAAUCCCAUGGAAACCUAGAUGUGGCCAUAGAAACAGCUAAGAAGAAAGGGAAUGUUCUGUAUUCUGGAGGAAAAAGCGGGCUAUAUGUUGAAGAAAACCCUCAGAGAAAAUCUAUAACUCAAUAUAAAAAUGGUAUUCUAGUAGAAGAUAAGUUCUAUGACUUCUCAGUAAAUGACAAUAUUAGACUUAAGAACAUGCUGGAGAAAGGGACAUUUGAUGCAUCUUUACUGGGGUUGCAUGGGGAUACAGCAGAGGUGGCCUAUACCGAGAAACUAGAAGAAGAAUACAAAGAGGAAUCUAAGGCACAUGAGACAGACCCAAAGGCGGCAUUUAUAGGGGAAGGAAGGCAGCUAGGAAAUUCUAAUAGAGACAUUCCGCAUACUAAUAUUGAAGACAUAUUAGAAAUAGCCAGAGAUGGGGAUGUGCUAUUCAAAGUCAUGAUUGGAAGUAAAAGGGUUAAAGUGAAGAUGCUAAGAUCUCAAACAAUUGGAGAUUUCUUUAACUACAUGGAAAGAUACUAUGAUUUCGGGCUUGUUUUGUCCUCCAACGGCAAGGAAAUCCCUCCAUCCCAUAGUGUCGAAGAAAUUGCAAACAAACUUGUCCUUCUUAGUAGAAGAUGA